AUGCCUGGCCACAAGCGGCGUUGCGCGGGGCCGUCGGCCGCCUCUGCGCUGCGCCCGCCGUGCCUAAUCGGGCUCUUUCUGUUCAUUCUCAGUCUCUUUCACAGCAAAAUCAGGAGGACACCCUUUCUGCUUGAGACGGGCGCGGCGGAUGCCUCCCUCCACCGCGAAGGAUCGGACGACUCCACAGAGGAUCGGCCUCUGCGGUGGGAUCGGGGGCUCAGCGCGCAGAGUCUUCACGCGCGACAAACUGGCGCGUCUCCAGACAAAGAGAUCGAGGCUGCGUACGUGAUGUACGACCGCAUCACGCGAACGCAGUCGCACGGCUGGACAACCGACCGCGACCGCCGGGUUGCACAGCUCUCAGGCGCCUUCCCGUACGGCAGUUCGAGGGAUGCCGUCACGAGCAGCUCUGAAGCACGAACGCCCAAAGACCGUCCAGAGCGCCUGUGGGAAGGUGAAACGAACCACGACGACGCUCCUCAAACGGGCGGAUCCGGCGAUGUCCCGCGUGCGCGCGCGUCCUCCAGCGAAGGCUUCCGAGCCGUCUCCUCACCCACAGAGCACUGGGGCGACCGGGAAGAACCCGAGGAUCAUGUGCGCCUCGACCGCGCUGACGUCGUCGCCCCGGACGCCCACGGCAUCCAGUUCUCGGCAGGGUGGGAAGAAACCCGGGACGCAAGCUCGGGACAGGCCGAGAACCGUCAGGCUGCGCGGGGAGCCGAGCCGCACUGGCGUGAGGGACUGUCUCGUCCCAGAGCGGACGCGCCCCGCAAACAGGCAGGGAGUUUUGACUCGCCUGCGUACUCCGACCUGUUUCGCGCGUCGCAGGACGCGCCGUGGCCGUCGCUCCUUCCGGCGUCUGUGCAUCAACGGUCGUCUUUCGCGAGGGCGACCCACAUUCCAACACUCCUGCCCAGCGCGCAAAACUCGUGGGCGACGCAGCCGUCCGCCUUCGAAGCACGCGGUCGGGUUCCGAACUACAAACAUGGACAGGCGAACCAACUCAGCGACGAGGGCGCCCGAGGCGAACUGUCGGAGUCUGAGGCCUCGCGAAUCUACAGCGCGACUUCCGGCGCCCGCGGGUACGGCCGAGCGGGCGUGCAGGCUGACAGAAGGCGAGACGCCGCAGACGUUCUCGACGACCGCGCGUCCGUGAACCGAGAAGGAGACGUUCCCGGGACUCUCGGUCCCAGUGGCAUGUAUCCGACACUCAACACGGACACCCUGCUGGACCAACUGGGCAUUCCGCGCGCUAGCACCGCGGACAACUUCCUUUCGCAUUCCGGCCGUAGCGGGGCGGAACGAGAGCCGCCGCGGCCAGCGCUCGUCCCGAGAGGGGCUCCAAGUUCCAGUGUAGGCGCAGGCGACAACGGGAGCUACGCGCUUCCUCGCGACGACGUGGUACCUCGACGAGAGCACGCACCAGGCCGGCUCGGCCCGAGUUUGCUUCCAGGAGCCGUGCCUGCUGGAAGUUUCGAUGGCCGGAAUGGAGUCGCGAGUCUGCAGUAUCAAGGCGGACUCUCGGCCUUCCGGCGACCGGCAGUUCUAGGCCAAGGCGGCGCUCCAGGCUCCGCACUCCUGGUGGACUCCGCGCAGUAUCCGCAGCGGCUGAUCGGAUCCGCUCCGGUCGGCUACCCGGGACCGCCCCCGACUCUGCUGUCGUCGUCUCCGUUUCUCGACGCCUUCAUGCAAAACCGCGGAGGGAUCCACCUCGGCGCGCAGCCCUUCGCCACGCAGUCGGUUCUGUCCAGCGCCGUCGCAGGCUCUGCCGGUUCUGCUGCGAGCGGCAGCGACAAGUGGUGGAGGGAGAAGGACGGGUGGGUUUGGCCGGAGCUCCCCGCGCUGUCCCCGUCGGACAUCGAAGCGGGCAUCAAAGACAUCUCGGGGCAUUCGCAGAUGGUGCGGAUCGAGGCGCACUUGGCGCGCUCCCAGGUGAACGCGGGCCAUGCGCUCGGGCAGUACAUCAAUCCGGGGAAGCGCUACGAGCUCUUUGACGUCGAGGACCGCCUCCCGGUUAUGGUGGCCGCGCGAGGAAAGAUCCUCGGCUUCGGCGCGUACGGCGUUGUCGUCGAGUUCGUGGACGUCUCGGGGUCUAUGUCUGGGCGGCGCCGCCCAGCGCCGUCGGAGCCGUCGCCGUUAACGGGGGACGGAGAAGGCGUCUCGAAUUCCCACGAGGCAGGCCGCGGGUGCGCGACAGCUUCCGAGCGCGACGACCGGCGCGGCGAGAAAGCCGACGGCGGGACCAGCGGACCGCUCGGGCCGUGCCCCGAGCGGUCUUCGGAGGCAAGCGGCCGCAUGGACAGCCUGCGCCGGUUGGGGUCGGGCGCUCUCAAGUCGGUCCCGGAGAACGGCGCUGCGACGGAGAGUCGCGACUCGCCCCCAGGCCGCGCCACGUACGCAGCAAAGAUCAUGUACUGGUCCAAGGCGAAGUCUGGGGUGAAUCCGGAAGAAGUUCAAAGUUCGCUCUCCGACUUUGUUCGCGAGGAGUUGGAGGCGUUCAGGCUCCUGCGGGAAACGGACAUCUCCGACGACGACCUGUUCCACAAGCAUGGCCUCGUGGUUCCGCAAGGGGUGCGACGCGUGGCGCGGCUCCCGCCGCUCCUCCGCGCGAGCGCCGCUCUUUUCCCAGACACCCCGCUGUUCUUCCUGAACGAACUGAUCAUGUAUCCGGCGCUCAAGUGUUCGCUCGACAUGAUGGCGCAGGAUCACUUCACUCGCGAGGGGCUUCGCGUGCUGGUCCGCCGCCUGGUGAAGGUGGUGGCGGGCCUCCACCAACUCGGCUUCACGCACAACGACAUCAAACCCCAGAACUUCCUCGUCGGCGGCGACGGAAUGGUCUACGUCGGCGACUUCGCGUACCUGAUCCCCUUGGGUUCGAUCCAAGACUGCAACAAGGGGUUCACGAUCGACUACAGCUCUCCGGAGCUCAUGGCUUGCGCCCUGAAGAACCGCAAGAUGGCGAUGGGCCCCGAGCGCGACUCGUGGGCCGUCGGCGUCAGUGCGUACCGUCUCGCGUGCAAAAACAAAUUCCCCUUCUCCCUCGACCGCAAAUUCAACGCCAAUUCCGACCCCCGACACAUCGCCGCCUACAUUGCCGGCGUGAAGGAAAGCGACCUUGAGACCUCGCGUUGUGGGAACGAGGACCGCCUCCUCAUGUCCAUCGUCCUCCGCCUUCUGCAGCCCGAUCCGGCGAAACGCGCAACCGUCGACGAGCUCGUCAAAGAGCCGUUCUUCCAAGACUGA